AUGGAGGGCUUUGCCAUUGGCAGCACCCGUUCCUGCCAGGUGGCUGCUCCUCCCGAGCCCCCAUGGACUGAGCGGGAUGCCUGGGGCUUCCUGGGCCUCAGAGCUCAUUACACAGUGGUUGAAUCAUGUGACCCUGCCCUGGCCGUCAAGAGGGCCUGCCUUUCCCCCGACUGUCUUCGUGCUUGGUACCAUGAAAAACUUUCUGGGGAGCUGCAGCCACUGGCGCCAGUUGGCCUGAUGCUGGUGGCCAGCAUCAAGGGUGGAGGAGAAGGGUCUGAGGAUAGUGGCCAGGCUGAGGAGGCAGAGGAGCUCCAGGGCCUGUCCCGGGUUUUGUUAAGAAGGCGUGCAUGGAGGGCCUAUGGGGCAGCUGUUCACUGUUCCCACCUCCAUGCAGCCCAGUGCCCAAGGGACCUGAGUGAGAAUGCCCUCCAGGCUGUCCCCAGGAAGGCUUUUCGAGGAGCCACAGACCUCAAAAAUCUACAGCUGGAUAAGAAUCAGAUCAGCUGCAUCGAGGAAGGGGCCUUCCGUGCCCUGCGGGGGCUGGAGGUGCUGACUUUGAACAACAACAACAUCAGCACCAUUCCUGUGUCCAGCUUCAACCACAUGCCCAAGCUACGGACCUUCCGCCUGCACUCCAACCACCUGUUCUGUGACUGCCACCUGGCCUGGCUCUCACAGUGGCUGAGGCAGCGGCCAACCAUUGGGCUCUUCACCCAGUGCUCAGGCCCCGCCAGCCUGCGUGGCCUCAAUGUGGCUGAGGUCCAGAAGAGUGAGUUCAGCUGCUCAGACCAGGGGGAGGCGGGGCACGUGCCCACGUGUACCCUCUCCUCUGGCUCCUGCCCAGCCAUGUGCACUUGCAGCAAUGGCAUUGUGGACUGUCGUGGCAAAGGCCUCACCGCCAUCCCUGCCAACCUGCCUGAGACCAUGACAGAAAUCCGCCUGGAGCUUAAUGGGAUCAAGUCCAUCCCCCCAGGAGCCUUCUCUCCCUACAGAAAGCUGCGCAGGAUAGACCUGAGCAACAACCAGAUAGCUGAAAUCGCGCCUGAUGCCUUCCAGGGCCUUCGCUCCUUGAACUCGCUGGUCCUGUAUGGGAACAAGAUCACAGACCUGCCCCGUGGUGUGUUUGGAGGCCUGUACACCCUACAGCUCCUGCUGCUGAAUGCCAACAAAAUCAAUUGCAUCCGGCCCGACGCCUUCCAGGACCUGCAGAACCUCUCACUGCUCUCCCUGUACGACAACAAGAUCCAGAGUCUCGCCAAGGGCACCUUCACCUCCCUGCGUGCCAUCCAGACCCUGCAUCUGGCCCAGAACCCUUUCAUCUGUGACUGUAACCUCAAGUGGCUGGCAGACUUCCUGCGUACCAACCCCAUCGAGACGAGCGGGGCCCGCUGUGCCAGCCCCCGGCGCCUCGCCAACAAGCGCAUCGGUCAGAUCAAGAGCAAGAAGUUCCGAUGCUCAGCCAAAGAGCAGUACUUCAUUCCAGGCACGGAAGAUUACCAGUUGAACAGCGAGUGCAGCAGCGAUGUCGCCUGUCCCCACAAGUGCCGCUGUGAGGCCAGCGUGGUGGAAUGCUCCAGCCUGAAGCUCUCCAAGAUCCCUGAGCGCAUUCCCCAGUCCACAGCUGAGCUACGACUGAACAACAAUGAGAUUUCUAUCCUGGAGGCCACUGGGAUGUUUAAGAAACUUACACAUCUGAAGAAAAUCAAUCUAAGCAACAAUAAGGUGUCAGAAAUUGAAGAUGGGGUGUUCGAGGGUGCAGCCUCGGUGAGUGAGCUGCAUCUGACGGCCAACCAGCUGGAGUCCAUCCGGAGCGGCAUGUUCCGGGGUCUGGAUGGCCUGAGGACUCUGAUGCUGAGGAACAACCGCAUCAGCUGUAUCCACAAUGACAGCUUCACAGGGCUGCGCAACGUCCGGCUCCUCUCGCUUUAUGACAACCAUAUCACCACCAUCUCUCCUGGGGCCUUCGACACCCUCCAGGCCCUCUCCACGCUAAACCUCCUGGCUAACCCCUUCAACUGUAACUGCCAGCUGGCCUGGCUGGGUGACUGGCUGCGGAAGAGGAAGAUUGUGACUGGCAACCCGAGGUGCCAGAACCCAGACUUCUUGAGGCAGAUCCCCCUACAAGACGUGGCCUUCCCUGACUUCAGGUGUGAAGAAG